GGAGCCCGGGCCGGGGUCGGGGUUGGGGUUGCGGUCGGGGUCGGCAUCGGGGCCGGGGCCGGGGCCGAGCAGGCGGCGGCGAUCCUCGGCGGAUCAUGGCGACCGAGACGCGUGUGUCGCGCUGGUACUUCGGGGGGCUGGCCUCCUGCGGGGCCGCCUGCUGCACGCACCCGCUGGACCUGCUCAAGGUCCAUCUGCAGACGCAGCAGGAGGUGAGGCUGCGCAUGACGGGCAUGGCACUGCAGGUGGUGCGCUCCGACGGCAUCCUGGCGCUCUACAACGGCCUGAGCGCCUCCCUGUGCAGACAGAUGACCUACUCCCUGGCGCGGUUUGCCAUCUACGAGACUGUGCGGGACCAAGUGACCAAGGACAGCCAGGGGCCCCUGCCUUUCUAUAAGAAGGUGCUGCUGGGCUCCAUCAGCGGUUGCAUUGGAGGCUUCGUGGGGACCCCUGCAGAUAUGGUCAACGUCAGGAUGCAGAAUGACGUGAAGCUGCCCCAGAAUCAGCGCCGAAACUAUGCUCACGCCCUGGACGGCCUGUACCGUGUGGCCCGAGAAGAGGGUCUGAAGAAGCUGUUCUCGGGCGCAACCAUGGCAUCCAGCCGAGGGAUGCUUGUCACCGUGGGCCAGCUGUCCUGCUAUGACCAGGCCAAGCAGCUGGUCCUCAGCACAGGGUACCUGUCCGACGGCAUCUUCACUCACCUCGUGGCCAGCUUCAUCGCAGGUGGGUGUGCUACGUUCCUGUGCCAGCCCCUAGAUGUGCUCAAGACCCGCCUGAUGAACGCCAAGGGCGAGUAUCAGUUCUGGUCACGGCCCCGCGCUGGGGCACCUCCAGGGCCUCUGGGUUGGCCGCGUCAGGAGCCAGGGCGGCCGCUGGCCUUGCGCACGCGCCCCGCCUUGCCUCCUGCGGUCGCUGUGACCGUUCCAGCCCUCCUUGCACGCCCACCCCAUAUGUGGGGCCACCGCGGGCCCUGGCAGGGCUCGUUCUGGUUCGGGCCGAUCAUUGAGAAGAGCUGCUCCUCCGCUGGCUCUGCCCUUCCUGCAGGGCGUUCUGCACUGCGCCAUGGACACUGCGAAGCUGGGGCCACUGGCCUUCUACAAGGGCCUCUUCCCUGCUGGCAUCCGCCUCGUGCCCCACACCGUGCUCACGUUCGUGUUUUUGGAACAGCUUCGCAAACACUUUGGCACCAAGGUGUCGCCUUGAUGGUCCUGGGCGGGGCAGGCUGGACCAUGUGCGAGCCAGGGCCGGCUUCCUCCAGCGUGCUGGAGGGUCAGCAGGCCAACUGCCACCCUGAGCCCAGCACUUGCCCCGGUGCCUGGUCACCCAGGACCUUCCCUAGCACCCCAGCAGGCUCCUGCCGCACCAGCCUGCCUGGGCCAAGCCCAUUCCCAGGACCUGCGUCCCCUCCGCCUCCCCCCGCCCACCCGGGCUCUCCCCACCUGGUGCCCCAGCGGCCCUCCCUGCCCCUGAAGGCUCACUGGGAGGACCGGUGUCCAGGCUCGGCUUGGCUUUCUCCGUGAGUCGGCAGUUGGCGCUGGAGGUGGGAGGGGUGGACUGUCCAGCUUUCUGAGGUCCGGGGUUCCCAGCCCCUUCUCUUCUGGUCCCCAAGGUUCCCUCUCACUGAGCGGCUGUCAGGGCCCACAGCACCGUCCGGCAGCUUCAUGAAGGACCUGGGUGGGCAGAGUAGGGGGUGAGGGCCCCAGCACUGCUCACCAAGUCACACGUGCUCACAUGCACUUCGUCUUUCUCAUCUUAGGACAGGGACCAUGGCUUUUCUGACAUCCUGAAAGGUAGCUGUGCCCCCACAGCUUCUGGGCCAGUAUGCAAAUGACACAGGGACAGCAUACGUGUGCCUGGGGGAGGGUCUGAGCAUGCGGCCCAAGGGUGCUGCCAGUGGCAGUCAAGCCCUCAUUCCCCUGCUCACCCACCCCAAGCUGCUUUAAUGAUUACUUUGGCCAAAACUCAGCGGCAAGAGGCGGCUGCCAUCUUGAGGGGGUUCACGGUGCCCCUCAGCUCCCCGGGCAGAGGUGGGCUGUGGGGUGUGCCCCAUAUGGAAAGCGGUCAUCACAAGGCCUCCUGUGGUGGUGGCCAGUCAGCCAAAAUGCCAUCGCUGGGGUUUCGCUGCCAAAGCGGCCCGUCUCCCCAGCCCAGAGAGGGUCUGCAGGGGGUGCUAAUAAAAUGUGGUGAACUGC